UAUUCGAUUCUGUAUCUGCACUGCAUCAUACAUAUUCAUACAAUGGGCUCAAGCCCAGUCGCUUGCUGGUCUUUUCUCAUGUGCUAAACUUAAACCCCAAAAUCACUUUCGGGUGAGAUUAUGGUUUUACAAAUUUAGACCCGGAUCUGACCCGGUUCACGAAAGCAGGAAGAGCAGGCUGCGAAGCAUAGAGAGUGAGCAGAAGAGUCAGUCUCAAUGGAGGCAGGUUUUGUCAAAGGGGAAAACGAGCCAUGGCGAAUUUUAGAAUUCUACAGUGGUAUUGGUGGCAUGAGAUAUUCGCUUAUGAAAGCUGGUGUAAACGCAAAAGUAAUGGAAGCUUUUGACAUAAAUAACAUAGCUAAUGAUGCUUACGAGCACAAUUUUGGUCACCGUCCUUAUCAGGGUAAUAUUCAGAGUCUGACUGCUGCUGAUCUCGACAGUUAUGCGGCACAUGCUUGGCUUCUUUCACCUCCUUGUCAGCCCUACACUCGACAAGGUCUUCAAAAACACUCUGGUGAUGCUCGGGCGUUUUCCUUUCUUAAGAUUCUUGAACUUAUACCUCACACUAAGCAACCACCACAUAUGCUUUUCGUAGAAAAUGUGGUUGGAUUUGAGACGUCUGAUACACGCACAAAUAUGGUAGAGAUUUUAGCCAACUCUGGUUUUGUCACACAAGAGUUUAUUUUGAGUCCAUUACAGUUUGGCAUUCCUUACUCCAGGCCACGUUAUUUUUGCUUGGCAAAAAGAAAACCUCUAUUGUUUCAGCACAAAUACAUCAAUCAUCAGCUUGUUUGGUCAUUAGGCCCAUUAUUUGGGCACGAUGAAGGGACAGUUGCAGAUAGAUAUGAUCAAUCACCAGAGAGCUGGGAUAAGUUGCUCCAGUCAUGUGAGCCAGUAGUGAGUUUUCUUGAAUUCAAGAAUUCUAGCAAUGGAGUAGAUGCAGAAACUGAUUUUGUGGCAAUCACCAACGAUUCCGGGGAUUUGGAGAACACUGGCGAAGGAAAUCUUACCACAAUGGAUCAGUAUAUUGUACCUUCAAACUUGAUAGAAAGAUGGGGAAGUGCUAUGGAUAUUGUUUAUCCGGAUUCAAAUCGAUGCUGUUGUUUCACAAAGAGCUACUAUAGAUACGUGAAAGGCACUGGAUCCCUGUUAGCAACUGUCCAGCCAAAGGAGAAGGGGAAAACAUCUUCAUUGCAAGAGAAAGGCCUUAGAUAUUUUACCCCUAGGGAGGUUGCUAAUCUGCAUUCUUUCCCCAAGGACUUUCAUUUUCCAGAGCAUAUAAGCCUCAGGCAACGUUAUGCAUUGCUCGGAAACAGUUUAAGCAUAGCAGUGGUUGCUCCGUUACUGGACUACUUAUUUGCCCAACCAUUGUGAUUUCUAAAUCUCAAAGCAGAUGUCUCCCCGCCAAUUCACUAUGAAUCACCCAGUUUACAGAUGUUUACCUAUGCUGCAAUUUUCUUACUCCUUACCUUAUCAGCAAUGCGUUAUGCAGAGGUGACCCAUUGUUUGUAGGAGAGGAUCAGGAACUUCAAAAGACUGUUGAUUGUUGUACCAAUUGUAUAGACUCCUUUAUUACCUUUUGAAAGGAUAUAUAUAAGAGGAUUUUGUGUUGGAUAAAUCUUGACCUAAUUAAUAAUGGCACUUCCACUUCAACAGAUGAUUUAUUAUA